UUUCCGCGAGACGAGAACUCAGUUUCCCAAAUGGCACUGCGGCAGCCAGUCCAAAGGCAGACUUUCCUGGCCUACUAGAGGUUUUGAACCCUGCGGCGGCAGUAGUAGCUGGUGUAGGUUCGGCAGGGUGGCGCUAGUAUCCUGCGUCUGGGAAGGUCUUGACCAAGAUUCGGCGCCUUAAACUCCUUCCUAAUAUGUACAUACCAGGGUAUCCCGCUUUUCCCCUAGUUCCCCAAGUACGCCUCUCCCCUGACUAGUCCCAGAGGCGUAGUUUUGGUCUGAUAUUGCAUCCCUACCCCUAGUAUUCCCUCUUUCAAUUGACGUUGUGGCCUUUCCUGAGUUGUGUGUCGGUUGUUCCGUGCUGGGAGAGCAAGGGCACAAGACGCCGGGGAGACAGACCCCUUGCCGUAGGCUGUGAGUAUGAACCUGAGCUGGUCUGAGCAGCUCGAUGCGCUUCUCAAUGCUACUGACGGAAAUGUGGCCAGGACUAAGCAGCGGUUGUAUCCCCGUGGCGUCGCUGCUGCAGCAGGAGAUCUGACUGGGACCUGGAUUCCCCCUAAUCACUUGCUUCCCCAACCAGGAGCCCAAGCUCAACAGCCUUGGGCUCUAGAGACCCCUAUUGUUCCAGAGAGGCUAAAUUGGGCUGAGCUCCAUAAGACAUCUUCUCUCUGGGAUGAAGUUACUAUUCUUAGAUCCCAGCUUCGAUCCCAGGGUCAGGUGACUGAGGCACUAAGACAAGCUGUGCAGGGCCUGCUGAAAGAGCAAGAGCAGCAGAAGUACCAAAUCUGUGCCCUGGAAGCAUCACUAAAGUUGAUGCAGGGGGGCCCAGAGCGGAAGGCUCUUCUCCUGGAGCAACGCCUGGACCGGCUGAGAAGGGAACUGAGGGGCCUUCGGAGCCAGGUGCAGGAGCAGGCCCAAGCGCAAAUACAAGCAGGUCCACAAAAGUGCAGUGUUACCGGUGGCCUUCACCAAGAGCUGCAGAAUGAGAGGCAACUGCUGUGGGAGGAGUCAGAGGUUCUGAGGGAAGAACUGAAGUUGCUGCGGGACCAGCUGACCCAGCAUCAGGAGCUGAUGCUGAAACAGAUGGCUGAGGGGCGGCAAGUUCAGGCCCGCAGCUGGAAGAUGUUGGAGCAGCUGCAGAGUGGCCAGGAGGGCAAGGAGGCUGCCAGGACAGAGGCCGAGGAUGCCCGGCGGGAGCAUGACCUCCUCAGGACCUCUGUUCACGUCCUUGAGUCGAAGCUACCCCUGGCUGCCACCUUUGCCAUGUCUCUUUCUUCAUCUAGCUCUGAAGUCAGUCAUCAGGACAGUAACAGUAGCUGGGAACUUUUAAAGAAGCUAGAUCUCCAGAAGAGCACCCUUUCUAACCUGGAACCCAGCAACUUCCAGCUCCAGGUCCAGAGCCUUGAGCAGGAGGACCUGUCCUUUAAUGGCUCCAAGAUACUCCUGAGUGACCUGUAGGGAUUUGUAAGAGUGGUAGGAUAAAGUCUUUGCUCACCUUCCCCUCAAGGCCCGGUUUCUGGGCUCCCUGCCCCUACCCUCUUGAUCUAGCUGGUAUCUGCCCUCCCUACUGAGUCUUGUCACUGCCUGCCCACCUGCCCACCAACUGCAGUAAAAUGGCUUAACCCUC